CCUACGUGAACAUAAGCUAAAUACCAAAUAUGAACCUCAAAGUCCAGAUUGGUUUUUCUUCAAAACAAGCUACAAGGAUAUGUGCAACAUCUUAGAACUUCCUAUCUAUACAUCCAUGUCUACAAGACAACAUCCUUGAAAGAGAAACCCUUCCCCGUGCAUCAUAUCACCAUGGUGGAAUCCCAUUUGACCCAAAUCAAGAAGGCCAGAUGCCAUAUGUCCGGGUUAACCCCACCACUUAUCUUGCACCAUCUCAUGACCAGGAGUUAUCAAAUUUGGAUUCCAUAUUUAGGUAGCCCUUUAUGUUAUGAUUAUUAGGAGGGAAAGAUAAAAGACAUAGGUUUUAGUUUAAUUACUAAAAAUCUAAUUUGGUGGUAUUAUCUGGUUAUCUAUUUAGAACUCUUCAUUCUUGAAUCUGGGCAAGGUUUUGUGUUUAGAGGAAAAUUUUAAAUCACCGUAGCAAAGUUUUUAUGGGGAGCGUAUCAUGCGCGAUGCUCCGAAUCCGGCCACGGCUCUCUUGCCGAGCGAUGGCUACAAUAAAAAGCAGAACCCUGACAGAGCCCAGAGGACGAAGCCCAGAGGAGCGAGGUUUGAAGUUUUGAGCCGUUUCUAGUCUGAAGCUUGGAUACCAUGUCCCUUCCCGCCAAAGUUUCCUUCUCUUUCCCCCCCCUGACCAAUUCCCGCAGCGUGUCUCUCCCUCGGCCCUCCUUCAAGCUCAUCUCUCCCCCCAAAUCCCUCUCUCCCAGGGCUUCUCUCAGCGUCACUCCGUCUCUCGGGAUCUCCGAGACCUUCUCCCGCCUGAGGGAUCAAGGAAAAGUCGCGUUUAUACCUUUCUUGACUGCUGGUGAUCCUGAUCUGUCAACAACUUCAGAAGCAUUGAAAGUCCUUGAUUCUUGUGGUUCGGACUUGAUAGAAUUGGGCAUGCCCUACUCUGAUCCUUUAGCAGAUGGACCCGUUAUCCAGGCUGCUGCGACACGUGCCCUAGCAAAAGGAAACAACUUUGAUGCAGUUAUAUCCAUGUUAAAGGAGGUGGUUCCUCAACUAUCUUGCCCAAUCGCUCUGUUUACAUAUUACAAUCCAAUACUAAAGCGUGGAGUCGGAGAGUUCAUGUCUAUGAUAGAAAAUGUUGGCGUACAUGGACUUGUGGUGCCUGAUGUUCCUUUAGAGGAGACUGAAAUUUUAAGGAAUGAAGCUGUUAAACAUAAUAUUGACUUAGUGCUGCUUACUACACCCACCACUCCAACAAAAAGAAUGAAAGCCAUUGUAGAAGCUUCAGAAGGAUAUGUAUAUCUCGUGAGCUCUGUUGGAGUUACGGGUGCCCGUUCAUCUGUAAGUUCACAUGUUCAAUCUCUCCUACAGGAAAUUAAAGAGGCAACAACAAAACCUGUUGCAGUUGGCUUUGGCAUAUCAACACCAGAGCAUGUGAAGCAGGUAGCGGGAUGGGGAGCAGAUGGCGUGAUUGUUGGUAGUGCAAUAGUGAGGCUUCUUGGUGAGGCCAAAUCACCUGAAGAAGGAUUGAAGGAGCUAGAAACUUUCACAAGGUCUUUGAAGGCUGCAAUCCCCUGACAAAUAUUUCAAAAUUUGGCCUUCUCUGUGCUGAGGCAUGGUAACUUACCGCAAUGUGCCUGCUCUUGGUCUAGCGUGCUGUGGAAAAUGAUGCACAUGAAUGCCAUAGUUUAGUAGAAUUGCUGAAAUACCAUCUGUUUUGAUCUUUUCUGCACUUAAAAGACCGUUGAAGAAUGCUAAUAAAUUAUUUUUUUUUUCAUGUGCCAU